AUGUCGGACAAGAAGCUCGAGCCAAAGGAGCUCUCGGACGAAUACAUCCUCGCCGCCAUCGCCAAAGAGUCCAAAGAAUUCGACAAGGACGCCGAAAUCGAUCGCAUCCUCAAAGCCUUCCGUCUCGACUCAUAUGCUGUCCUCGACCUACAACCCGGUGUCCCCGACAACGACAUCAAGAAAUGCUACCGCAUGAAAUCCCUCCUCAUCCAUCCCGACAAAACCUCAAAUCCUUCAGCCCCGGAUGCCUUUGACCGUCUCGCAAAAGCCCAACAAGCCCUUCUAGACGAGAAAGAAAGAGCGAAACUCGACGAAUGCAUAGCAGAUGCGCGUAUGCUGCUGAUGCGCGAGCGCAAACUCACCGUCGACAGCGAAGAAGUCAAAGACCCCGACGAUGACUUCCGCAAAGCAUGGCGGGAAAAGACUAAAGUUGUGCUGGUCGAUGAAGAGCUACGGAGGAGGAAAAAGAUGAAGGCUCAGAUGCAGGAGGAAGGCCGCGCGCAGAAGAAGGAGGAAGAGGAAAUUGCUGAGCGCAAGAGGAAGAGGGAGUUCGAGUCCAAGUGGGAGCAGUCGCGUGAGGAGCGCAUUGGUUCCUGGAGGGACUUUCAAAAGGGAAAGCAGCCUGACAAGAAGAAGAAAAAGAUCAAGACUUUGGGUUGA